AUGGGGCGUCAGAGCAAGAAAUGUAAGCCUGAUCGACCCCCUACAACAGGCGAUAUUGGUGAGUUGCUGUGUGUCAGGAUGGCGGACUGGUGCCUGGGACCCAGACACUGUCCAGGUGGCAGUGCGUGAACCUGGACCCAUGUAUGCCUGAUGUUCAGAGUAGGAGUCACAGUGUGGAGGUGGAUUAGCAGGGUCUGGUGCAGGGUAACCGCACGCCCCCUGGUUUUGAGCACCAGCGUUUGUGCAGCCACAUACCAGAACCCUGAUUCAGCUUAUGCGGAUCCCAGGAACUAGGAGCUUGGAAUUAAGCAGACCUCCCAGGAGCUGAAUAGGGAGGCUCUGCAGCAGGAGUGUAUCCAGUACUGAAGCAAGGCAAGACUAGAGAUAGGCACCAUACAUGAACCCAGAACUAGAGCAGGACAGAAAGCAGAACCCAUAACAUGCACACAAGACAUGAGGAAAACAAGAACAUAACAUGGGCAUGACUGGACAGGACUGUACAUGGACUGGGAUUACAAGACAAAGUAAAACAAGACAAGAGAUACAAGGUAAAACAAGAGGAGACAUAGCCAAGCACUAAAUUUGAAAAGUAUGGGGAUUUAGUUACAUUAUAUGAUCAUACAUUGCAUAAGCCUGCCAACAACGCCAAUGUACCCCAUGUCUGGCAGGUCCUACACUGCCUAAUGCAUGCUAAAACAACCAUACUAAACCACAAUAUAGCACUUACCUGUAAGAAAGGGCAGAGGCUUGAAACACUGCUGCAGGUCCAGGCUGAAACAAAAGGAAAGUGGAAACAAACGGGUGUGGCAACAUAAAACAAAUAUUUAAGUGAAUCCAACUCAGUGAAUGAACUCAGAAACCGAGCAAUAAAGAAAACCAAACAUAGACCAGAAAACCAGAAAAACCAAGAAAGGACAGCAAAAAGAGUACUAGAUACCAGAAGCCAUUGCUAGAAUGAUCCGCAGCGAGGAACAGGAUGUGACACUGUGGAGGAUGAACUCUUCGCAGAGACCUGUCAUGGUGACACUAUCAGAUGUACCCUUGCACGCUACCAGUGAGGAAUCCCUGAAUGGGAAGAUGGUUCUUGGAGCUCGGCUGGAAGACAGAAAUCCUUACCCACCGCCGAAGCAAACUUAAAAACCUCUGGUAAUAGAAGACACCUUGCAGGGUCUAUUGGAUGAGCUGUGCCGAAAUAUUGCGGCCGACAUUUGUCAGUUUUGGGAGAAGAUAAGCAGGUCUCUGCACGCCUCUACAGUUUGGAGCUGAAUACUGUAGCUCAUGAGACCCGCAUCUCUGACCUGGAGCAGAAUCUUGCCACUUCGCAGCAUACACAAACGCAAACCCAUGUCCGCAUCGCUGUACUAUAGGACAAGGGCGCUGGAAGAACAUUAAAGUCCGCGGCUUAAGUUUUGAAGUGGCUGAACUUCCAUACUUCUUCUGCAGGUUGCUAACUAUGCUAUUAUCGGCCAAUCAAGCUAAGACCAUGCCUCUGGUUGGCUGGUACCGCAUUCCAGGACCCACCACUGGAAGUCGGGCAGGGAUCUAAUCCUCCGCUUUCAACUAGGCCUAGAAGGAAUGCCCCUUAUGGCGGCUGUCCACAGCAGGUCGCCCCUUAAGUUCGAGGAGCAUACCCUCACCUUUCCCCCGGACUUAUCCAACACCACCAUGAACUGGCGUUGAUCCUUGAGACCGCUGACACAGUGCCGUACAAAUGUGGCAUGCCUCGUUUUUACUUAUACCUUGGGACUCGGGCACACUGAAGGUGUUCAGUUGGAUUGGCAACACUAUCCUCUGAGACCUCGUCCCCGACGAAGUCUACAACCUGGGAUCCGGAGUGGGUCACACCGGGGAGACCGCUUAUCCGGAACAGGUGCCCUAGUAGCACCAAGGGAUACUGUAGUUUAUUCUAAGUUCACUUGUAUCUGUAUUUGCUUUUGCAUUUGUUUAGAUUUUGUUUGAAUUGAUUGCAUUUGUCACUAUCUUGACUUAAGCAGUGCUACAUCGCAUACUUAUAUUUCAUACCACCUAUACACUGUCUAACAGACUGCUUGCUCUUUUUUGGUCAUACCGACGCCAUGAUUCCCUUCCCACUGCUAGCCAGCACUGAUAAGAAUAGUGUCAUGUUAUCAUUUAAGUGGGGUAACCAGUCUCCUCGAGUUUCCUAGAGGUACUGUACUCUUGAUUAUAUUAACAAUAACUGGGGAAAUAUACUGCUCCGUGCCCUUUCUUACCUUAGCUACCAUUUACCCACCUUAUUAUGGGCUUUGGAUGCAUGGUGUUUAGUUUGCCAUUAUAUCUCACAUAUUAUAAUAUAAAAUCCCACAGCCUUAACUACCCACUGGAAAUCUAUUCCGUGUACAGUAUUAUGUUGUUUAUGUUUACUGAACCCAACUUUUUAUGCUUACGGUAUUGUAUAUAGACCUGCUGACUGUGAAUAAAGAAAGAUUGAAAAAAAAUAAAAAUGUAUCAAGCCAGUUUACAAAAUAAUGCUGGGGCAAUUGUCUUUUACAGUCAAUGAACUUAAGUAAGAUUGGGUGAUGCAACAAAACAAUGACUCACAAUGUGUCAUUAGUUCAGUUAUAUUGUGUUUUUGUGUAAUUGUGACUUUGGUGAAGAUCAGACCACAUUUUAUGAGUAAUUAAUAUUACUUUUAAUAGCCUGCCCAGUGAAUGACUGCUUAGUGGCUUCAAUGUAAAAAAAACAAAAUACAACAACGUGUCAUUAGUUCAGUAAUAUUGUGUUUUUGUGUAAUUGUGACUUUGGUGAAGAUCACACCACUUUUUAUGAGUAAUUAAUACAGAAAUCCAGGUAAUUCCCAAGGAUUCGCAAACUUUUUCUACUAUAGAUUUGCAAAUUUACUUGCUGCACUUAGGACUCUUGUUUUCUGCCUAUUGUGUCCAUACAUUCUAUAAAUAUCAUUUUAUAUGCCACAGCACACAUUCACCAUUAUUCUUCUUAGCUGUCUUCUUUGCGACUGAAUAAAAAUUUUGCCAUGUGAUGAGAGAUUUUUCAGAUGAUGGAAAGUAAAAAGUAGACAAGAAUACGUGCAUAUAUAAUACAGUGGAUAUUGUCACUUGUUUAAAAAAAAAACAACAAAAAAACUUUUUAAAUAGUAUUAUCUGACUUGCUGCACUUCUAACUCUUGUUCAUUUUCCACUGUGUCCAUGAGUGCCUUGACAGCCUCUUCAAAGGCCGUGCCAAACAUUGUCUAUUUUUCUCGUCAAUCUUCUUCGAGUUGCAAGAAUGCCGAUUUCACCAUGCACUCGUGUCUUAGAAUUUAAUUGGAAAUGUAUUCUGCCAACUGGAAGUCCAUUGACAAAACUAAUGGCAAACAGAAUGGUCGUGUACUGUAUAUUUGUACAUUUGUAAAUAGUUUUGCAAGUUUGUAAUUAUGUUUUGGAAAGAUAAACGUGCACAAAAUAUACAUACAUGGAGUAUUACUUUGUUAAAAUGUUAAUAUGUUUUGUAUGGAAAAAGAGAGACACAAAGAAACUUCACCGGCCAUACUGUUUGUGUUUGUUGUUGUAACAAAGAUGAUCAUAUUUUAUAUAAAACUACAGGAUACUGUAUAAUAGCUACCAAUAAAAUAAAGCUGUCCACUGCAAUGCUUUCAUCUCAUACUUUCUUCAUGGGAUCGAAUGUUUACUGGUCAUCUGGUCAUGGUGUGUCUAUGUCUAAGAAAGAUAACAGAUUAGUGUUAACUCUAAUCUCAAUUACAGUCGAGUUAGCUCGUAAUAGAUCAAAAAGUAUCAUUCAGUGUAAGGAAUUGAGGAUAGUACUUUAUUUAGAGGUCUGCGGGGGUAGAUCAAGGAAGUCCAUCUAGUGAAACACAUGUUAAUAUAUUAGUAUUUAUUGCGAGACGUCUCUGAUCAUUCCAUAUAGAAUAUAUGUUGCAGUAUGGGUGGAUUUGUAUGGGUGGAUCCACUGUGUUAUGGGCAAAUGCAAAUAUUACAAGUUUUAGAAUGAAAUGUUGUAUUUCUUAAACUGUGUACUUUGUCUUUGUCUUCAAGGACAGUUUUAUUAUUUGCCGCUUGCAAGGAGUGUAGCAGAACUUGAUGUUGACAAUGUCCAAAACCGCUCCUCUUUGAUUAUCCUAAAUAUCUCCCACAAAGGUGUGAGUUUAAAAGAACAGUCCAAGAUUUGAACCACAUUGAUCUUUUCUCACAAGUGUAGAAUAAGUGAACAGUUCCACUGACAAUUCAUCAUAUGUGUGUUUUAUUCAAAGCAUAUUGGACAUUAAUUUGAAUUAGAAACACAUAUCCUGAAUUGAAGGGGCAGUGACAUAAAGCAUAAUGAGGAAUUUUAAGGGACACCUCAAUGAAUGUGGCUACUGGAAGAAGUGUAUUAAUAUGGGUUGAAAUAGUUGUUACCUCUUAAGGAUGUAGCUUGGGAAUGUCUCUUGGGCCCCAGCCCUCAUGCAUACAAAUUGAGAUGAACAGCUAAUCCAUAUGUGCAUUUAAAGGAAACAGGUGGAAUAAAUGGCCGUGGAGGUAUGGCUGGCAUGAUAAUAUGACAUGAUGAUACUUUGUGGAGGAUAUCUCAGAUUAAUAAAUAUCUUAUCACGUUGCCUGCAUAUUUCUUCUGAGCUGUCAAGUUAUAUUCCUCUAUACACAGAAUGUUAAUUCUCCCCAAAUUGAUCUGUUGUUCUAAUUUAAGCAGCACAUUGAAGUAUUUGUAUAGAAUAUAAUAGCCUUUGUGGUUAGGUGGUGCACCACUGGCUAGGGCAGAUUUUUUUUUUUUUUUUUAUAUUAAAAUAUGUUUUUAUUACAGUAAUUUCAAGUACAAUUGAGAAAACGUUGGAAAAAAAACAUACAAAAGAGUGAAAAAAAAUAAAAUAGCAAUAUAACAGGGGCAAUACCAUUAAGGCCAUCAGCCAUAAUACAACACAUUGAGGGAAGCAAACAGAAGUAAAUAAAUAACAGAACAUACAAUAGUUGCAGCUAUCUAUGAACUCUCAUUAUGGAACUAGCACUCCUGUAGCGUCCCAAAAUCCCGGUUUGCUUGGAUCCAUGAGCCCCAAGCCAUAUAAAAAGAUGAUGAUCAAAGGAAGCCUCCUUCCCAUUUAUGCACAUUCCUACUUGUCCCUUUAUUGUAGUAGAGCCUCGAAGCCUAGGAACUCCGUUGAGCAAGCAUGUUAAACUUGCGGCACGCAGGUCGCAUGCGGCCCACAAUGUAUAUAUUUGUGACCCACUUGUCCUGGGGCCACUUUGUGUUGUGGCUGCGACCAGCUGCAAGAAAGGAAAGAUAAUUCCUGUCUGAUUCUUGUCCUCCCUCCCACAGCCGAUCGUGUGCUCCCGCAAGCCACCCACUCCCCCUUCCCUCCUGCUCGCAGCGCCAGAGAAACGUCUAGCUUGCUCAAAGCGGCACUGUCAUGCCGAACUUACCUUUCCCCAAUCGAUUCCUCUUCUUUCCCUCUCUCAGGAUCUGUUCUUCAUUUCUUCUUGUCUGCUCUAGUUUUCUUUAAAACUUAAGAAAAAGUAGGGACUAUUUCUCUUAUGGAGGUUUCCUACGCAGUGACCAGCGGUGACCAGCGGAGGAGCAAAGUGUGCUUUGUUUCCGGUGGUCACAGCAAUUUUCCCACAAACCUUACCUUUCCUCCCUGUUCCCGUGAUGCUUCCUGUCACUUAGACAGGAUGCCAGCAAAACUGCCAAAUUGCGUUCUAACAGUUUCUCCAUUCGUGUUAGAACGCAAUUCAGGACUUUGUUCGUAUCGGAAUUUCAUUCGAAUGAAUGAAACUCCGAUCCUAUUCAUUGCCGCAGCUGCAUCUUGCAGCCGCUUAGUAGAUAACUCCCUAAUUCCCACGGUAUCAGGGAGUUAUCUACUAAAAGGCUGAAAGAAAUAAAUUGGUCUUUCAGCCACAUUUACUAAUACUAAGUAAAGAUUACUUAGUAUUAGUAAAUUCAGCCCCUACUCGCUAUACCGCGAGUAGGGGCAUGUCUGUUAAACAGUGAGCAGCCAGUGGCGGUUGGGGGCCCCCUAAAUAACAAUGAGGAGGGAGGACCUACUGUCCUCCCUCAUGGCCCCCACCCCUGCGUGGUGGGUGGGGGCAAUAAAUCACAAUGGGGGGGACCUAUUGUCCAUCCCCCCGCCCCCACCCGUGCGCAUCGGGUGGGGGCCCUAAAUAAGGAUAGGGGGAGGGAGGAGCUACUGUCUCACUCCCUCAAAUUAAUACAGUGCUCCCUCCCUAAAAUUAAUACACUGCCCACUCAAUCCCCAAUUUAAUACACUGCUCUCCUCCCCAAUUUAACUCACUACACAGGAAGGUCCCCCAAGCCCUUCUUGCCCUGCCUUAAAAUGAGCCGCCCAUCCUCCAGUUCCAGCUCUGCUCUUCUCUGCUUAAAGCGGCACUGUCAUGGCCGAAUCCUGUUUUUUGUUAACCCCCCUCCCGACUCCACUACAUCUAACUGAACCCUUAGUCACCCCCAAAUGCCCCUAAGCCCCCUAUAUUACCUAUUUUUAAUCUUUAUUUUCUGCCCUGAUCUAUAUUCAGGGCGCCGUUAUCUUUAUGUGGGUAGAUGAAGUCCCUGUGGGACACGUCAUCUGCCCACACUAGAUAGCACUGUGAGAUUCCCGCACAUGCCCAGUGAAACACUUGGGCAUGCGAACGGGAAUUUCAUCUAUUCAUUCAUUCGUCAGAAAGAUGAAUGAAUGAAUAGCAUUGUCAGACGAACAAACAAACACUGAAUAUCAGUUUUCGUUUAGUUUCGGGCAAUAUUAGUGAUAUUGCAGAAGGUCUUGAUGUUAAGAUAUGUCUUUUUGCUGAUGAUACUAAGAUAUGUAACAGGGUUGAUGUUACAGGAGAGAUAAACCAAAUGGCAAAUGAUUUAGGUAAACUAGAAAAAUGGUCAGAGUUGUGGCAGGUGACAUUUAAUGUGGAUAAGUGAAAGAUAAUGCAUCUUGGACAUAAAAACUCAAGGGCAGAGUACAGCAUAUUUGAUAGAGUCCUAACCUCAACAUCUGAUGAAAGGGAUUUAGGGGUAAUUAUUUCUGAUGACUUAAAGGACCACUAUAGGCACCCAGACCACUUCAGCUCAAUGAAGUGGUAGAGGUUAACAAUAAAGGAGUUUAAGCAUGCGUGGGAUAGGCAUAAGGCUAUCCUAGCUAUAAGAUAAGGCCAGAGACUAAUGAAAGUAUUUAGAAAAUUGGGCAGACUAGAUGGGCCGAAUGGUUCUUAUCUGCCGUCACAUUCUAUGUAAUGCAGUUAAGUCUCAGUAAGUAGCCAAGCAGCAUAUUUCAGGAAAAAAAGGCACAGCAACCACUAAAAUAUUUUUUAAAGAGAGUAUGCAGUUGCAAAAGACAUCAGGGAAACCAGUGAUACAUCAGCUCACUUGCCAAGAAGCUGUGAUGAUGGGCUUGGAGGAAGGGAUUCCUUGACCCAUAGCAGGCAGCUUUUUCAAAGGAUCAUGGAAUCAUAACAAGAACCGGGGAAGUGCAUGGAGAUGCGUGUUAAGAUAAAGUUGCUGUCAGGCACAUUGAUGCUGCGCUGCUCUUUUUUGUUGCAGAAGACCUGCACAUUUGCUGCUAGGAGGACCAGUUGAAAUUGUAUAAUGUCUUCAGCCCUUGGAAAGGGCUCAAUUGCAUAUAAUCCACACUUCACCUUUGCCAAGGUAGUCCUUGCUGUUGGAAAGGAGAUGUUCAUGCUGAUUUGCUGCAUCAUGGUUAGUGUGAUCUUCUUCAGAAUGUGGGAGAACACAGGCCAGGAAAUGUCCUGGUCCUUCCAAAUGUGUCUUGGGAGUACCCAGAUCCACAGAAAUGGAAGAUGCACAGCUGCCUCGCUGUUUGUAAAAUUGCUGUGAGGAUGAUAAUGUGUGGUCUCUCUGACCAGCCUGUAUCACUGCAGGAUUUUGGGUAGGAGUUGAGGAACUGCACCCUGGUCUGGUAUAUUAAAAGUUGGACUUGAGUCUUUGUUCAACCUAGGUUACUAUGUAACAAUAUCGGGGGUUUCCUUAUUCUAGUGUUACCUCUCCAUGACACAGCAGCAGCAUAGAAGCAAAAAGAUGGUCCCUGGUGGCCAAAAUAUGGGUUCUGACAGUGAACAUCUUUUUGUUACUGAAAAACAGUCCAUGGAUUUCACAAGCAAUCUAUCUAAUUUGCAUGAUAAAUCUGAAGAAAUCAUUGCAGGACAGGCUCAUCUAUAGGGGCAGUGCCCCACCAGUUUUUAUGUGGGGAAAAAUGUUAUUGGCCGUAGUUUAGAAACAAUAAGAUGGUGGUAAGAGGGGAGGGUGGUAAGCCCAAAAAUAUGGGAAUAAAUUAGUGUUUUUUUCAUUCUGUAUUAGGUUUCAGUUCUGUAACCCCCCACCCCCCAUCUCCCCCUUCAUUGUUAGCUGUUCUAAAAGCUUACUUGAGACCAUAUAGGCCUGUCAAACAAAUUGGGCGGGUUUGAUAUCUGCCCUGUUUCAGCUGGUUUUGCACAUGCCAAUUCUCCUAUAAGAAGGAAUUUCAGUAAUUUCCAUUGAGUUGCCAUUUGGGCAACAGAGCUUGCUGCCCAUGAGUGGAGGCAUGCAAUUGGCAUUUAGCGUUUGCAAUGGCUCAGAAUUAUACAAAGUGUAGUUCAACUUCAAGAACAUAUGAAGUGCACAAGGCUUGGUGCAUGGCACGGUUCUAUAGUGUUGCCAGUUUGAAUGUUUUACAUAUGUUUGUCUUCUCUUUAAUUAGACUGUGGCAUCAAAGAGAAGAAGCUCCCAGGUAGCAAGAAUACUGCUAGAUGGAAAAUCAAAGACAACUAGGGUAGGUGUUAAAUGUGCUCUCUUGUUAUGUCUAUUUUUUAAUUUUGUAUUUUUGCAGUGCAUAGGCUGAGUACAGACAAGCUAGACAGGGCCGGUGCUAGGAUUUUUGACUACACAGGCGAAGAUGCAUUUUGACCCCCUCCCUCCUCCCCCCCACAAAAAACCCAAUGCAUCUUCACCACUGUGUCUCGUAGCCCCCCCAUUUGAAUUUCUUACCCCCAUUAGUGUUGCAUAACCACUCUCUUGAAUGUCUUACCCCUUUGGCCCCUUUGUGCCUUACACCCCACUUAGUGUGUCUCCUACAACCCCUCUUAUGUAUUUCUUACUUCCCUGCCCGCUCCUUUCUGUCUCUUUCUGCCCCCCAGCCCUUAUCAAUCUCUCUUUUUCUCCCAUAUAGACAUAGAUACAGGCAAAAAUACAUACAUGCACAAAUAAACAAACAUACAGACACACAACCAUACAAGCACACAGACAUAAUUAUUCAGGCACACAGUCACAAAGAUAUACAGAAACACAGUCAUAAAAGGCACACAAUCAAACAAACACAGUCAUAUAAUCUACACAUACAGGUAGUACUUUGUCGUACAAACACAGACAUACAUUCAUACAGACACAGGCACACACAGAAAUAUAGACACAGACAUAGAAACAUAGAGAUAGGCAUAUAGAGACAUACAUACACAGUGAUACAGAGACAUGCAUAUGCAGAUAGUCAUAAAGAGACAUACAGACAAGGCAUACAGAGACAUACAUACACAGACAAACAAAGAACCCUGCACACUGAUACCGUGUAAAUGCUCCGGCCAUCCACAGUGGUGGAUGCUCCGUGUCAGGCGGACAUCGCUGGAUCCACCAGUAAAGUCUUCAAAAGGAAUAAACACAGGCAACACUCCAAUAGUAAGGAUGGUAUAUUUAUUGAUAGGUGAACCACCCAUAGAAAGUGUGACGUUUCGGCUCAGCAGAGCCUUAAUCAUGCAAUAAGGCGCUGCUGAGCCGAAACGUCGUACUUUCUUUGGGGUGGUUCACCUAUCAAUAAAUAUACCAUCCUUACUAUAGGAGUGUUGUCUGCGUUUAUUCCUUUUGAAUACAUACAUAGACAGUCAUACAGAGACAUACAGACUGUAUGUCUCAGUAUGACUGUCUGUGUAUGUAUAUCUGUGUAUGUACACAGGAUGGCUAAAAUAUAGAUCUCCAUCUGUCGUGCAACUUCAACAAUGCUUUGAAAGCUGGGGCUCUACCGAUUCCCCAUGCUUGCAGGAUUGUAUUUAGCAUGGAGCAGUAUUUGUGUGUUUAACUGUAAGCAUGUGUUUGUAUGGAGUAUGUUUGUGUGAAUGUAGGGGUGUGUUUGUAUGUAGUGUUUGCGUUUGAAUGCAAGCAUGCAUUUAUGUGUAGUGUUGGUUUUUGAAUGCAGGUGUGUGUUUAUAUAUAAUUUUGGUGUCUGAUACAGAGGUGUGUUUGUAUGUAGUGUUGACAUUUGAAUGCAGGUGUGUGUUUGUAUGUAGUGUUGAUGUUUGCAUGCAGAUGUUUAUUUGUGUGUAGUGUUGGUGUUUGAAUGCUGAGAUGUAUGCACAUAUACACAUACACUGCCACACACACACAUUCUGUGAUACACAUACACGAAGAUACACACACUGACCCACCUGCAGAUACGCAUAUUACAACCUGAUAUUACAAACUGAUACACAUUCAAAUAGACACACAGAUACAUACACAUAUACAGAUACACACAAACACUGACAGACAUACAGAUAAACACACACUGACAUACAGACACACUGACAGACACACAGAUACACACUGACAGACAUACAGAUACACACAUACACAAUGAUAAACAUACAGAUACACACACAGACACACUGACAGACACACUGACAGACAUAGACAGACACACAAACAGACACACUGACAGGCAGACAUACACACACACACACACACACAAAGACACACUAACAGACAGACAUACACACACACACUGACAGACAUAUAGAUACACACAGACACACUGACAGACAGACAUAUACAUACACAGACACACUGACAGACAGACAUACACACACAGACACUGACAGACAGACAUACAGGCACACUGACACACACACACACACACACACACACACACUGGUCAAUAUAUACACUUUUCUUGCCACUCUCCUGUUUCCUACUUUAUGGGUUCAGGAGGGUGGCUUAUCUGGGAUCCAGAGGGCUGCCUGAGGUAGUUGGGAGUUGGAUGAGCUAGUCCUGCCCAGCCCCCCUCCUCUCUGCCUUCUCCUGCUCUUGCUGCUCUAGUCUUCUUGGGAGGAAGUCCUCCAAUGCUGAUGAGAAGGAGGCCGGCGGUAGCUCCGCCCCUGCUGGGCGCCAGCCGCGCUGUGUGCUACAGAGGGAGCAGGGAUAUGACGCCAUCUUGGGAUUUUUAGAUGCACUGUGUGAUCUGCUCAGUGGAAUAGAACGCUGGUGUAGCUGACUGCUUUCCAGGGGGGGACCGGGAAAAUCCCCCGCCGGUCCAGAGUGGGGGGGGGGGGUUUGGAAAGUCGUGUUUAUAGAAGUUUAGUUUAGCGGGAGGAGAGCGGCCGUCUCUCCCCCGUUCUGACUCCAGUAAGCCUUAACCUGCCGCUGCGGUUCUCGAUGCCUCAGAGCAUUGAUGAAGGUAUCCACAAGUAGAGUAAGGUGCCCCCAGCAUGGGAUUGACCUUGAGCAGAGGUCUCCAAGUUGCCAGCCCGGGAUAUCACAGGGUAAUCAGCGUUUGCAGCAGGAGUUCGUGUGAUGCACUUCUUGCCUGCUUGCAGUCCAGGCUCCGCCCCGAACCAUUAUUUCGUACAUGCCUUCAAAUCUGUAAUAGAUUUAGAUUCUGGGAAGCGGACACAAAGGUAAUUUCAAAUGGCUAGACAUGUGCAAUUAGUUCCGGUCCAAAUGUGAAUUCGGACGAAUUUUGGGCAAUUCGGACAUUCGGGUACUUCCGACUGUCCGAAUAGAUGAAUUGCCGAAUUGUUGAAGUUAUGAAAUUUCCGAAUUUCCGAAGUGUCGAAGUUGCAGAAGUUGCUGAAGCACAGUGUUACGGCUCCCCCGGUAGGAGAGGGGUUACUGCCGUAGAGGACGUUACCUUACCGAAUGCAGAGGUAGCCACUGAGCGCUCCAAACUGCCGAACCGCAAUCACACGAACUCGUUGGUCUCCAAAAACAGCCGAAUAACAAUCACACGAAUCAGUCAGUCUCCCAAAUAGUCGAACAAGCAUAAUCCAUACGAAAAAUCCCCCCAAUGAUGAGACAAAGUACCGUAUUGAGGGUCAACAGGAAUCUCUUUUACUGAGGGCUACCUGCCUGGUAUUUAUGCAGGUCUCCCACCUGGUGGACACUCCCCUAGGGGACCAGAUGGGAGACUGUGACAAGGACAUUACAACAACCAAUCAGAGUGUUACACAUGUAGCCAUGCCCCUUUAAUUACCCAAGACCCUCUGCUCUGCCCGGGAGAUAAUUGUAAAGUAAUUCAAUUAUCUGCCUGGACGGAGACCAAAUGCCAUUUUAAAUUACUAUAACAAAAUGCAUAAAAAUAUAUAAAUUUACAAUAACUGGACAUAAUACAGGCAUUCAACGUGUCCCCAGAUAUCUGGGAUCUGAGCGUACAAAAGUACCGAAUAGCGCUCAGAUCCUAUGUACACAGUCCAAUCGCCGUGGAGUCAAAGUGUUCACAAAGUCUGUUCUCUAUACGAAUAGACUCCACGGAAUGGCUAUCGGGGGUAUGGCUUAUUCGUGGACAAAAUACCGAAUACAGGGAUUUUCGGGAGUUCUCUACCGAAGAAGAAGGGAGGUCGGCGGCUUCAGCGGUGUUCGGGCCAAAAGUGUCCGUUUUGAGUUCCAUGGGUUUACUGUCGAACACCGCUGAGCGUUUGCGGAUUUAAAAUGCCCCCGACCUCGUGUUCGGGAAACGAAUGGCGGCCACCCAGCUACAGGCAUCAAUUAAAAGGUGUCUGCGGUUAACCUCAACGUUCAAAUGGGGCCAAGAGGUUAACCAGCAGCACACUUCUCUACUGGGUGGCUGGCCGUUCGGGAGUUUUAUUCGGUAGUAAAAAAAAGGCAAUGGUAUAGAGUCCAAAUGAACGGGAAAACAUUAAUUAAACCAGUGAAUGAACGAUAAGUCUCUGUAAGUUCAAGACAGAGAGAUCUGUCACACACAGUAUUGCCUAAGAACUAAUAUACUUACCCAGUGGAAGAAUGUUUUAAAUAAAAAGUAUACAAACAUAGCCAGGAUUCAGCUGUAAGCAUUGGCAACACUUACAACAAUCAAGUAACAUACAUUCAUAUAAAAUGUAAGUUACUUAGCCAGUCGAUGUAAUGACAGGAAUGAAUAAGUAGAUAACUCCGUAAUUCCCACGGUAUUAGGGAGCUAUCUACUAAAAGGCUGAAAGACCUAAAUUGGUUUUUCAGCCAAAUUUACUAAUACUAAGUAAAGAUUACUUAGUAUUAGCAAAUUAUGCCCCUACUCGCUAUACCGCGAGUAGGGGCAUGUCUAUUAAACAGUGAGCGCUGUGUAAUUUGACUCAUAACUCUCUGAUUGGUGGAUUGAAAGUAACCAAUCAGAGAGUUAUGAGUCAAAUUACACAGCGUGGGAAAAUUUUCCCACGUUGUGUAAAAUGACACAGAGCACUCUGAUUGGUGGAUUUCAAGCCAACCAAUCAGAGUGCUGUGACAGGUAAAUGUAGAAACUUACCUGUCAGUCUCUUCAUUUAUCUAUCAGAGGACUAUGAUUGGAUGGCUUAAACCCACCAAUCAGAGUGCUCUGAGCCUAAUUGCAGGGCGGGACAAGGCUUUAUAAGCCUUCCCCCGCCCUGCAGAGCUCAGUCUGCACGGAGCCAUCCAUGGGUGAAGAAGGAUUUUUUUUUUUUUUUACGUGCACUGGUUAUUAUGGAUUUUUUAUUUGGCCUUUUUUGGGGCUGAAAAAAUAAGAUUUUAGAAGAAAGAAAACAUCAAAUGGUAAGUUUUUUUUUUACAGGUACUUAGUUAAUGGUCCCCCCGCAUUAUUUUUAGAGUGAGGGGGGUAGGUAGGGGCUAGUUUUUUUGGGGAGAGGAGUGACUAGGGGUUUGGGGACCCUAGUCACCUGGGGGAGGGGGGGUUAAUUUUUUAUUUAGGGCCAGGGGUGGGAGCCAGGGGGGAGGACAUUAGGUCCCUCCCCCUUAUUCUAAUUUAGGGCCCCCACCCACCGUUCAGGGGUGGGGGCCAGGGCAGAGGACAUUAGGUCCCCCCUUAUUAGUAUUCUGGGCUCCCACCCACUGCUCAGGGGUGGGGGCCAGGAGGGAGGACAUUAGGUCCCCCCCAUUCUAAUUUAGGGCCCCCACCCACCGUUCAGGGGUGGGGCCUAGGGGGAGGACAUUAGGCCCCCCCUUAUUAGUAUUUAGGACCCCCACCCACCGCUCAGGGAUGGGGGCCAGGGGAAGGACCUUAGGUCCCCCCCCUUAUUCUAAUUAUGGCCCCCACCCACCGCUCAGGGAUGGGGGCCAGGGGAAGGACCUUAGGUCCCCCCCUAUUCUAAUUUAGGGCCCCCACACACCGCUCAGGGGUGGGGGACAGGGAGGACAUUAGGUCCCCCUCCCUUAUUAGUAUUUAGGGCCCCCACCCACCACUCACGGGUGGGGGCCAGGGGGGAGAAAAUAGGUUCCCCCCAUCAUUUUACUUUAGGGCCCCCACCUGCCGCUCAGGGGUGGGGGCCAGGGGGGAGGACAUUAGGUAAUUUUUACUUAGUAUUAGUAAAUUUGGCUGAAAGACCAAUUUAGGUCUUUGAGCCUUUUGGUAGAUAACUCUCUAAUACUGUGGGAAUUAGGGAGUUAUCUACUAAGCGGCUGCAAGAGAAGUUCUGAGGUGUUGAAGUUGCCGAAUUUCCGAUGUCCCGAAUUGCAGAAGUCCCAAAUUUCAGAAUGCCGAACCGAACCGAACCGAAAAUUUUCCCCAUGCACAUGCCUACAAAUAGCCUCUCAGAACCUGCUGUACUUAUUUCAAGCUAUCCACGGGUCUUCUUCUUAUGUCUACUUAAUGUUUAUUGUGUUUAGCUAUGGUAUGCAUAGCAAUGGUGUACACACAGGAGGGGACAUGUGAGAGGGCGGUGCACCAGGCACCCUAUCCUGCCUGUAACUCUUUGUAGCAUGGAUUCACUGGACUGCAGUAUAGAAUUUUCCAUUAAAAAGUGUUCAGGUGAUUCUAGAAACAAUUACACUACAAAUAAAGUGCAAGUGCAGUGCUAAACAUUAACAUGACCCUCACAAUCACAGUACAUAACAAGGUAAACAAGCAUAUAUUGUAAAUGUCGCAAGUCAACGCAUGCAAUGGAGAACCUCUCAAAAUUGUGGAUGGUGUGCAGAAACAAACCUCCCUUCAGUUUCCAACCCAGGUGCUAGAGCAUUCUUCUGGACCAUGGAUAUGGUGAGAAAUAGCACUCUCUCCUCAAUUACUCAUAGAUAAAUUCAAAGACUUCCUCCCACCACUGCUGUGUCUCCUUCAUCCAGAUCCCUGAUGUAGGCAAGUCAGCGGUCAUCUUGGUUCACUCUUGUUAGGUCCAGGUUUUUGUCUACCCAGAGACCAUGUAGUAGGGUAGGCCUCUCUGAUGGGGACUGGGAUAACCUCCACUAUUUAUUUAUUUUGCACAGUUGUAGUGGCACUACACAGUUAUUCAAAUCCAGUGUCAUUAAAACAUGGCUCUAAUAGUAACUUUUUUAACUUGACUUUUAAGGUUAUUCCAAGGAAACAUUCAUCCAAUUGUGGUUUCUGAUUUACAAUAUGAGAAAAGCUUGUUAGAUCUUUUCAAAUAAGUUUAAUCAUUCUGUUGUCAUUUUCAAAUUCCUUUUCAAAAGAUGUGCUGAGAGACUCACAACCAGUUGACUUUGAAAGAUCACCACACCAAACCGUCAGACAUCUAUGAAAUAUAUAUGUAGGCACCAAGUGGUGACCUGGCAAAGGUUUGACUCUAAAGUGAGUCUAUGUCAGUCCUUCCCAAAUUCCUGGUUUGAUUGUAUAACUGUAUUACUUUUACUUUAUUGCAUUAUUUGUAUGUGUACUAUUACUUUAAUAUUUGUUUCAACAAAUCUGUUGUAUCUUUGUUUUUUGUAUAGAGAAUCCAAAUGCUUGAAGAAAUGAUUAAACCGUUUAGAGUUCAACCAUGCUUCAUGAAUGACCCAAUCAUUAAAAGCCAAGAUCUUCUUGAAAGAACACCUGCUUUAAAAAAGGGUCCUCGGGACAUUGAAAAUACUGUCUGGUGCACAUGUCAAAACUGCUGUGUGGUGGAAAUGGAGGAUGAGCACGGAUGCUGUCAUGGGGUGUCUAGUUUAAGGUUACUUUUGAACGAAGAUAAAGUUUGCAUUACCAGCCACCCAUUCUUCCAGGAGAUGUGUUUGGACCAUGAUCGACUCGACUUCCUCUAUCGUUUCUGGGGCCAGACAUCAAAAAAAGAGGAAGUUCUCAAUUAUAUACAGUAAGUCGUAAAGUAUUUUGCAAUUGUUUCUGUUUUGUUUUGUUUUUGUGUACAUUAAGGCCCUUAUAUCAAAAUGAGCUAAUUCAUUUCAUUAGUGGUUUAAAAUCUCAGCAAAUGAACUGUAGGUGUGAUGUUUGAUUUGUGGAGAUUGGAAAUAUUCCCUCUGUUAAUUGUUGAAUUGAGUAAAGUCAUCAACAAUUGAAUUGAUAAUCUUGUUAUCUUGUCCUAGGAGAAGCAAUAAAUUAUAAAUGGUAAUGUGUAAAGAUACAUUGUUUCUGUCUGUUGUAAUGAGUGAGUUGUUUACAAAAGAAGAAUGCACCAAGACAUCCUGAUUUAUUCAUGCUGUGCUAUCAUUCUUUAUUGAAUAGUAUGAUCUUAUAUCCUGUUUAUGUCUUACAAUGUACCCCAGUAUUUAGGAACACUGGUUAGAAUACUCUCUGAUUUGCUGGUUGGUUCGUCAAUGACUGUUAAUCAAUGUGUCAACACAGCUGCUCAUGUACAUGUGGCUGCCCCGACCCCAUAUUCCUAUUUUUAUUUAGUUUUCAGUAAUUAGUAGAUAUAAUAUACAUUGACAGGGCACAUGCUGACCAGUAUGUUUAUAUGUAGGAGGCCUACAGAUCUACUUGAAAAAUUAGAAACACAUAGUUAUAAGAAACUGUGUGCAAUGCAACAGGGAUCCCUCAUAGCCUACGCAGUGAAGUAGUUAUAUUGCUUGGGAUGGAAUUGUCUGUUCAUUCGUAGUGUAGGUUAAUAGUUUUAUUCCUUACAAAGAGAACAUAUACGUCCUGGUAGUGAAUAAAAAACACCACCACGACGUACGAACAGUGGGUUAACAGGGUAGCAGAAAGGCAUAACCCUACACAUACUAAUUAGAGAACAAAAAGAAAAGAGGGAGGAUCCUCCCGAAACUAAACGAGCGGAAUCCUCCCACUAUAGCUACCCCGAAAUAUAUAGAUAAAUAAGUGAGCUGGUAGGCGAAGGUACUGCCCCACCGGGAUACCCUUCAGGGGUCGUGGGUGGUAGCUCCUCCAAUGUAGGAGGGAAUUAGUAGCUGUUUGUUUACUAAAUAAGGUUGAUUGGAAUGUGCCAUCAUCCUUAAUACUAAUCGUUACAUCUAAAAAAGUGCGCAGACUUUUUUGGAUGCACACGGCCACCGUAAUACUCCCAAUUCGAAUUGGGAAAGUGAGGAAACUCUUCUAUUGGCGGACUGAGUUUUAGUACACCGCUGGAAUCAAUUAGAGGAGGAGGGAAUCCCUUUAUAAUAGGUGAAGGUGAGCAGGGUUUUUUUGCUUUACUUUAUGCCCUUGAGAAAGGCGGUCUGUCCGCCGAAACGCACGUUGGGCUAUUAGCGAUAUUAGUUAUUAGUACCUUGGUUCACCUUAUAUUUAUUUAUUUUAUUUUAGUGCUGUGCCCUGUUGCUGUAGCGAGUAGCCGGUCUCUAUGGUGCAUUAUAGAAUUGGGGAUACUUAGAGUGGAAGUGUUUCCUCUCUUUCUCUGAGGACCUUACUGGGGACUUCUUUCCCCUCUUUAUUUUUCCAUAUGUAUUCUCUCCUCUGUCCUUUCGAUUUCCCUGAUAUAUGGUAGAAUCUUAGGACAUUUAUAUAUCAUAUCGUUAUUUGCAGUAGGCCAUAGCAUUUAUCUAUCAUCCACAGUAUUUAUUGUGAGGAUAGCAUGAUACAUCGUUUCCAUUAUUCAUUACUAUAUUUGAUACAUUUUUGGUAACUUUGUCUCAGGGCCCAUAUUGAUUGACUGAUUAGUGGAUGAUUGUGGGUAUUUUUUCAAGGUACAAUACUACUGUCAUGCUGUCCUUUUCUUUGGGACAUUUAAACACAUAUUCGUUAUACUUUAUUCAAUUUACUCUGGUUAUACCAGCUCACUUAUUUAUCUAUAUAUUUCGGGGUAGCUAUAGUGGGAGGAUUCCGCUCGUUUAGUUUCGGGAGGAUCCUCCCUCUUUUCUUUUUGUUCUCUAAUUAGUUUUAUUCCUUAUCUAACAUUACCAUAAAUGUUUUGCAGCAAGCUCAGAAGAACCGCAUAUAGGGCCUUCAUGGUUUGGGCACAUGGUUUCUUGGACCGUCGCAACCCUAAACCUAUCCCGGCAUGUGUGGUCAGCACCGUAAGAGCUUCUUUGCCAUACCCAGAAGAGCUAAAUGUUGGUUUUAUGAAGAUGUAUGAUUAUCCAGCGGCUAUAAUGGCUUUGGGCUAA